AAUCUAACUUGAAUUAACACCAGCACGCGCGUCUUACCAUCAGCCAUUUUUCAGGUAUACAGGGUCGGCGGCGCUUCUGCUUUGGAAUAACAAGCUGCAAAGACGGAACAAGGCUGCAUGAUGAUCAUAUCCUGCUUGGCAAUAUUUCUGGAAAUACUAAGUAUUCAGCGGUACGCCGAUGCAUCGUUCCUCCCGUCAUUCAGUCAUCAUGGACAUCCGAUGAAGCCACAUUUCCUUGGUCCUCCGAUACAUGGACCGCCCAUGAUCCUUGGGCCUCCACCAAUGUAUGGUCCUCCGAUUCAUGGACCGUUCCAUAUGCCUUCACCGCAUCUGCUGGAUCCACCAGGCCCAAUGUUUCCACCGGAGUUAAUGCAUGAAAGAUUUCAUCCGCGAAAGUAUCUACCUCCUCAUAAAUAUGUUCAACCGAUAUCCCCAAAAGUCCUUCGUCCAUUUCCACAUCCCAAACGUUUGCUGCCAAUAAUGAAACCAUUGUCACAUAAAAAGCUUUACAAAAAACCCAGACGUGUUCUCCUUAUCAAACGACAAAAUAAUAUUAAUUUCCCAAAGGUAUACAAUCCCUACGGAUAUGAACGAAAAUUGAGGCGAUUAAGCCCAUUUAACCGCGAACGGUAUCUCGCAGGUUAUGAAAGCGUUCCAAGAAGUCGAUAUGAUAAUAAUUACUACAGAUCAAAUUCUAACGUUCCGAACAUUCCUGGUCAGAGACAACACAGCCCAGACCGUUCUGCCUUAAACGGAGGAAGUUUGGAUUAUAUUGCCAGUGGAGGUGAUGUUUACAAUAACAAUAAUAAUAUUAAAAGUAUUAAUACAAGAAACAAUGAAAAUUUGCCUCGUCUUCGGGAGGUCAUAGAUUCUGGAAAACGUCGUCAGAUUAAGAGAAAUUCAGUUCGGACGAGGAACGUAGGUGGAUCAGUUAAAAGACAAUCAAUUAAACGAAGAGGACAGAAAAACAAUGCUAAAGGACUGUCUGGUAAAACUAUUGACUUUUCUAAAUCAACAGUCAUUUCGUCAAACAAAAACAUUGGAACGGAGUCGCUGUCAUCAAAUUUGCUGGACAAAAGCAAUACUGGAACUCAUUCAGAACAAUUGAGCAUAAGGAAAGAGAGUAUGAGAAGCAGAAAAAAUAUCUCUCAUAUAUCAAGUGUAACGACUCCGAUCGGCAAAAAGCCAAAGAAUAGCCGACCAAAUUUAAAAGCUGAUGUAAAUUCAAGACCGGGAACAGGAUCAAAGCAUGACGCAGGGUUAGGAGGGUCCCUUAUCGAUUUAAGUCAUAUUGGGGAAAGCACUGGAGCCAAUGAUCCUAAUCAAACUGUCAAACUAGGUGCCGGUGCAUCUAGCUUAGUCUCUGCUGGUGCUGGGCGUCUAGGAUCAGCUGUGCCAGCUGCUGCUGCCUCUGCUGCAGCUACUGAUGUUAAUGCUAAUACUUUCGCUAAUGCUGCAACAGCUGCGUCUAAUUUGAAUGGAAACGCUAUAAACUCAGCUUCUAACUUAGGAGGAGUUAGUAGUUCUCAUGAUUUAGUUAUUAUUGACAGUUCAGCGAAUAAAAGGAACACUCUUGCAGAUGUAGCAGCAAAAGCAAUACCUGAAGCUUUUAACGCGCAGGGAGGUGUCGUUGAUCUGACAGCUACAUCAGGUGCUGUAUCGGGAGCAAACUUAAAUAAUCUCGGACCCAAUGUUGACGUUCUUACUUUAGACAAAAAUGCUUUCGCAAAAUUAGAAAAAGCUUUGCAGUCAGGCCAAACUGUAGAUGCACAAUUACUUGAUUCUAUUCUUGGCAAUGUUGGUUCUACUGGGGCAUUGAACGGAGGGUCUACGUCAUCUGCGUUAUCGAGCGGCAAUGCUGAUGUUGGGAUUGCAAAUGCUGCUACUCCCGAGAUAUAUUUUCUCGAUACUGCUCAAGCUCAGCAUUUGACAGAAUUUGCUGGUUUCUCAGGCAACGGAGGCGCCUCACAAUUAGCCGAGUCUCAUACGGCAUCAUCAACUUCUACUUCACAUCACACUCUUUACAAAAAUCCUCCUCAACUUCAUCAUCUACUCAUUCAGGAGUCGACAUACCUCAUGCAGGGAAGGUUUUGCCAGCAGGACAUGGCCAUACCAUGCCCGGACGGCGGGGACACGGUCAUACCGUACCCGGAGGUCAUAGCCAUGACAUUGUUGGUGUUGUUGGUAAACCAGUAGGCCAUAUAACCGUUGGGGCAAACACUGAUAUCAGGGGUCUUUUCAGUUUGCCAACUGGCAACAAUCUUUCAAAUAUUCCAGCAAGUGUUUCAAGCAUACCAAAGUCAAUAAAUCAACGAAUGUCAGGCGGACAUCAACCGACAGGGCAAGGUCCCCAUCAUCAAAAUAGUUCAACAAGCAUGACCAGCGGGCCAGGUCAUACAAUGUCACAUGGACAUCACAAUUCAGGCCAUACUACACACUAGUAACAGAACUAUAUCCAUCGAGCCUCUAUUUGAACUUCGUGCCAGUAUUAGAUAUAGGAUGUAAAUGAACAUUUGGAUGUACAGUAUACUCAGAAGCGGAAAGACGAUGUCACGUCCUGAACGUAGAGAAAAGCUAUCCAGUAGGUUUAUAUGAUCAUGAUGAAGAAUGGCCAGUAUGCUGCUCUCUUACUUUAACGCUUACCCUGCUAAAUUUCUGUAAUGGACUUGUCCAUCUUUCAGUUUGAACAGUACCAUUAACUGAUAAAAGGGGUGCUUACCAAAAGGAUACUGUCUUAAUGGCGAGCGGUGCAGUUCUUGAUUAGACUGUACAGAUGUACAAGCUUAUCAUGAUUUAUACUGGUCGCAAUGGCAGAAUCAAUUGUGUCCCGUAUGAUGAGGGUUAAGGCUACAAAAUACACCGAUUACAUUUUUGUUUUCGUUACAUCGGAGUAACUGAAGACGUGAAAUUAUUAGUUCAUUUAUAAAUUGUGUGUAUAUGGAAGAAACAGAGAAACAAUGCAAACUUCUUUCAGCAUUUUAAUAGAGGGGGCAUAUGUAUUAAUAUUGUUUCGUGCUUAAAUAUGAAUAGUUUGCCUUACAGGUACAAUUAUGGCUGUGUUAGGGAUGUUGCUACUUUACAGGCAUAAAGUAAAGGAGUGAUAUACAUGUGUUUACAUUGUUCUUUGUUUCAUUUCUGUUUUGUUAUGUUUCAAAAUGUACAUUAUUUUUGAAUUUAUUUAUAUAUUCUAUUUUAUAUUGUUAUGCCACAACACGGUUAAUUUAAAGCAAAUGAGAAAAGUUGUAUAAAGGGUAACUCUUAGGUAAGAAAAUGGCGCAUCCGUUAGAAAUGACACUGAUAAUUGUCUUGAUUGAUCGAAAUUUAUUCCUUAAACUUGUUAUACAUGCUCUCUGCAUAUUUUUCUUAUUUCAAACCACUGUAUUUAUAAAAGCAAAGCCAUAAAACCCAUCACAUAUAGGAAUGAGUUUUACUUUAAACUUGCAUAAAUUGUCUAUUGUCAUAGAAGUUAAUUAGAAUAUGAGCUAUUUGAUUGUUGGUAUAUGAAAAUGUCUUGAUUAAAUAUAAAAUCUUCGAAUACCAUUAGCAUGAUGUGAGGUGCGUUACGUUUUAUAUCAAAUCGAAAAUGUUUUUUGCACCUGCUCAGUUCUAAUAUUUUAUAGUUUUCAAAAUGGCAGGUUGUGUUGUCGGAAGAAAAGUGUGUAUGCAAGCUUACUUAUAGUCGCCACUGAAAACGAGAUACUCUUAAUAGUUUAAGUUAGAGGACAGGUCAAGAUACAGUAAACGUUCAUUAUCCUCCCAGGUGUAAAACACACGUGCACGGGACCCUAACCCCAAUAUAAGUAACUCAAAGGUAUUGGAAAGGGGGCUUGUAAUCACGAUACUUCGUUUCGUAGUCAGAGAUUAACGAACAAUGCUUUGUUCUUAUAAGUUUCUUUUGAAUUAUAUAUAUAUAUAUCAGCGACAGUUUAAUAUACAUGUAAUUUCCAAUUUUUGCCAGAAGUAAAGCCCACGUCAUUCCUUCUCCGUAGUUGCAAAUCUAUCAACUUACAGUCUGAAUUUUAAUUGGAAUGUUUAUCAGUUUAUCGUUACGGUCCAAGUUAGUUGGUCUAAACGAAACUUGAAUGUUCCAAAAAUAUUCAAAAUUUUAUAAACUGAUUUUACAGCAAUAAAUAUUUCUGUCGACCGAAGGAUGUGCAAAAUAUGUUUAAAGUCGACUCGUUGGUUAGCCACAAACUAUGUUUGAUACAUUGUGUAUAAAUACUUUUCUAAAUGGUUAGAUUUUUAACUUAUGUAUGCGGAGACUGAGAUGUUAGACAUUUGAUACGGUGUCAUUUUGACAUUUCCUUGUAAAAUAAUUGCAUGCUCAUUUUAUCACGUUGUUAAUAUUCAUGUUUAGUUUUUUAAUUAUAAUUUUUUUGAUCUGUGUAACUUAUAAACCUAACACAUGUUCUUUAUUAUUUCAAUUUCAUACAUAAAAAUGACAAAAUUUGA